GCCGCCGCUGCCACCUCCGCUGCUCGGCCCGGUCCCGGAGCGGCCCGGCCGGCCCGCUGGGCGCGGAGCCGAGGCCCGCGGCCGGCCGCAUGAAGGACUGCGAGUACCAGCAGAUCAGCCCCGGGGCCGCCCCGCUGCCCGCCUCCCCGGGGGCGCGCCGCCCCGGCCCCGCCGCGCCCCCAACCCCGGGCCCUGGGCCCGCGCCGCCUGCCACCCCCGCCCCGCCUCGCUGGAGCAGCAGCGGCAGCGGCAGUGGGAGCGGGAGCGGGAGCCUCGGCCGGCGUCCACGGCGCAAGUGGGAGGUGUUCCCGGGCCGCAAUCGCUUCUACUGCGGCGGCCGCCUCAUGCUGGCCGGCCACGGCGGCGUCUUCGCGCUCACGCUGCUGCUCAUCCUCACCACUACCGGCCUCUUCUUCGUCUUCGACUGUCCCUACCUGGCCCGCAAGCUGACCCUUGCCAUCCCCAUCAUCGCUGCCAUCCUCUUCUUCUUCGUCAUGAGCUGCCUGCUGCAGACAAGCUUCACCGACCCUGGGAUCCUGCCCCGGGCUACUGUCUGUGAAGCAGCCGCCCUGGAGAAACAGAUCGACAACACAGGCAGUUCUACAUACCGGCCGCCCCCUCGGACCCGGGAGGUGCUGAUCAAUGGGCAGAUGGUGAAGCUAAAGUACUGCUUCACCUGCAAGAUGUUUCGGCCACCCCGAACCUCACACUGCAGUGUCUGUGACAACUGUGUGGAACGAUUUGACCAUCACUGCCCCUGGGUGGGCAACUGUGUGGGGAGACGGAACUAUCGCUUCUUCUACGCGUUUAUUCUCUCCCUCUCAUUCCUGACGGCCUUCAUCUUCGCCUGCGUGGUCACCCACCUGACGUUGCGUGCUCAGGGAAGCAACUUCCUCUCCACUCUGAAGGAGACACCAGCAAGCGUGCUGGAGUUGGUCAUCUGCUUCUUCUCCAUCUGGUCCAUUCUGGGCCUCUCAGGGUUUCACACGUACCUCGUCGCCUCCAACCUGACUACUAAUGAAGACAUCAAAGGCUCGUGGUCCAGCAAGAGGGGCGGCGAGGCCUCUGUCAACCCCUACAGCCAUAAAAGUAUUAUCACCAACUGCUGCGCUGUGCUGUGUGGCCCCCUACCUCCCAGCCUGAUUGACCGGAGGGGAUUUGUGCAGUCCGACACCGUGUUGCCCUCACCCAUCAGAAGCGAUGACCCAGCCUGCAGAGCCAAGCCUGAUGCCAGCAUGGUAGGAGGCCACCCCUGACCAUGGCUCAGUACUUGCCACCUGCUGGCCUGUCUGCCCCUCCGCACUCAUCUGCCGGGACCCUUCCUGUUCCAUCCAAGGGAAGCAGAACUGCCAAAGACUCAAGUCUUUUCAUAUUUAUUUCCCCCCCUGCGUGGCUUUCCCUGAACUGUUCCGUGGCUGUGCCCUCUGCUCCCCAAACCCAGGUUCCCACAGCCUUGGGCCCUAGGUCCCCCUAGCUGAUCAGUGCCAGGAGAGACCAGAGCCUCUGGAGGCCACCCAGGGGACAACACCAAGUCCUUGCCUGUGCCAGGCGAGCCCUGUGUGAGUGAGGCUGUGAACUGAGCGUGAGACCUCCCAGGUGGGGGAACUGCUUGGGCCUUGCUGAGCCAAGGUCCUCAAGGUGAAGCAGGACGGAGGAGCGGCCAGCUCUGGACAGAGGGCUGUGGAGAGGAAGCCUCUAUGGGCUGCUUUGGUCUGUGGGCUCCUUCAUUCUCUUGGUGAUAAUUGCUCUUUCUUCUUUGGGAUUUUUGGUGGGGUUUUUCCCCCCUUUUUUUAAUGGAGUUGGCCAAUAGGAUAGAGCUGGGGUUCCAGUAGAGAAGGCAGGGUUGGUGGUGGGUGGGGGCAGCCUCUAUCAGACCAAGGUGAAUUACCCAGCCAGGCACCCACAGCCUCAGCUCCUGUGCAGGUCCUGGGCAGCACAGUGGAAGUGCGAGCCUGGUCCCUCCCCUGCCCGUGGCGAGCUCUUUAAGGGAUCCCAGCCUGCCCCUCCACCUCUCUCCCAAGCCAGGUCCGGGCAUGGGUGGGUUAUGCUCAUGCUGGCAAUACUUGAAACGGGUUUAUUAAUGCUGGGUAUUUUGCACAAUUUUAUAGACCUCUUUUCUACAUAGUCUUUUUUUAAAUGGAAGGAGAAAAGGUCAGCCACAUUACUGUCUGUGUAGUGCCAGGUAAAAGGUUAUCAGAAGGCUGGUUGGUUUUAAUAAGUUUAUUCCAAGAGACCUUCUGACUGGAAUGAGUGAGAGUGUGUGUGCAUGUGUGUGUGUGUUCGUGUGUGCCCUGUACGAAUGUGGCUGGCUCCCAUAUCCCCUGGGCUGCCCCCUGCCCCCUGCCCUAUCCCCUUUGAGUGUCAGAAGCACUCUGAGCCAAGGGGACAGGGGGCACGUGCAUUGGUCACGAGAAAACCCUGGGCUCCCACUGGGGCUCAGCCCAGCCUCCUAUCUUUCCUUCUUCUGUGGACUUCAGACAGCCAGUGUCUGGGGACUCUGCCACUCUACCCCCAGCCCUACCCUCCAGCCCCCAGGUGAGGCUUCCAGCUGGGACCUGCCCAGGCAGGCUGAGCCUGGGUGUGGUGGGUGGGGUGAUGGCUCUGGGGAGUGGCUGCCGUCCUACAAGCCACACCCCCUCCUCUGAGCUCUGAAUAUGGGACCCAGUGCCGGGAGCCGGAAGACAAGGUGUUUCUGCCAAGCGGGGACCUCCAUCCAGAGAAAAGGAAGGAAGGUGCAGGGUGGGCCAAGAGGCAAGUGAAGGUUGGCCUAAGUCUGGGCCGGAAACUCAGAGGAUGUUUCUCCUCUGCUGGGAGCUAUAGUUUCUUAUCAAAAUAGAUAUUGUCCCACCAUCCCCUUCCUUGGCUCUUCAAGUGGGCUGAAGCCCUUGGAAAGUGACAUAGGAAGUCCCCAGAUCUUGCCCGUCUCACUCCAGAGGCCAGUGGUCACAGACAGCUGGGAAUGGCAGCCACAGAGGGUCCCGUCUGGGAGAAACAGCUUCAUUCACCCCAACCUCAGGGCCCUGGGCCAUCACUGCAGUGGCCCUGGGAGGUGAGGAAGAAGCUGGCUAGAGGACGGGGCUCCCAUCUACCUUUUAUUUAAGCCAGUAUUCUUUGUUCCUGCCUGUAAUAAAACUUUAGUUUAUAAGAGUU